GCACUGAUGAGAGUUAAAAUAUUCGAUGAAAAGUCAAUUUAAUAUUUUUCGCGACAUGCUAUGUAUUUCAUUUCCCCGUUCCGCACACUGUCAAGCGCCAACCCUGAACCCAGUACCUCGGCGGGACAUCAUAACCGCCAAAUCAGUUUCUCAUUUCCCCCCGAGACAUGUGAAUGCCGAUGAAAGAAACCGUGUCCUGUAAUUUAGUUAGAACAUCAUUUUGUUGUAGUCAAUUCAUCCAUCCAAUUGAAUGAUGAAAAAAGGUGGACGACGACUCCACAAUUUUUGGGAGAAUGGCGCAUUCGAGCGUCAAAAAUUGAAUGGAAAAACAGUGGCAUACUGCUUGAUUUGUAAAAAUCACUUGUCCAAUACUGCAGAGGAGAGACUAAGAAUUCACAGCUCUUGCCUUUUGGCACGGCCGGCGACCGUAUCGUCGAACUUCAACCAUGGCAGGGCAUUGUUGCAACAAAAUUUUGGAGUCUAAGCUGCCACCAAUCGGAUCUCCGGGGGGGGGGGGGCACAAUAAUGCGUCCGUCGUGCGGCGAAGUCUGCGCAUCGCCUCCCAGCAUGCCAGAGAAACAUCGACAGCGACUACAUCGAGGGACCCAAGGAGGGUGGUGUCCUCAAGGGUUCGUAGUCGUCCGCCGUGCGCCGGGGUACUGCCCUCCCGACGAGGGAAAGGUUCCAGCUUUCGUGCUGUCCACGAUGACGUCACAGAGAACGAGGGAUUGACUGCGCAGGCGAGCCAGCCAACGCCUGGAUCUUCAAGACCAUCAACCGAUGAGUCCACUCAUUUAUUAGGUAGGAUUCGCGAGUGCCACGUUAGUUUAAGUAGGAUCGAUAGUCAACGCGUCCCGACCGGAGGCUCACCGGUACCCCCCGUUCCAAUACGGCAUCCUCCCCGGACCCCCGCGAUCGAGGGACCGGGCGCGCAACGCGACGUUAGAAUACUGCGAUUGAACAUGUCCCGUUCAAUUGCAGUAACUAGGGAGGUCUUCCAGCUAGUUCACAAAGAGCGUCUGGACAUACUGUUGGUCCAAGAGCCGUAUGCCAUUCGCGAGGCGAACACCUGGGCCAUCCGCGGCCUAGGUCUCGGAAUGCGUAUUGCCGCGUGCUCAACGGAGCGACCGUGGGCGGCUGUCGUUGCGUGCAACUCCAUCGUGGAGAUUGCUUACGUGUCCCAACUUAGUACAGCACAUUGCAUCUGUGCUGAAGCCCGCGUCCCUGGUGGAUCCUUCUUCGUCGUCUCCAGUUAUUUUCAGUACUCGGACGACAUAGAAAUCCACCUGAGGCAUCUUGAAAAGGUUCUCAGCUGUCUCAGGUGUCGCCACAUUCUGGUGGCGGCAGAUGCCAACGCCCAACACUCCCUUUGGAGCCCCAGGAGCACUGACUGUGGUGUCCUCCUGGGUGCGCUCAUCGAGUCUUUCGGUCUCCGCGUCGCGAAUGAUGUUAGGCAGGGCCCAACCUUCGGAGGUGCCGCAGGUACAUCGUUCAUCGACGUCACACUGGCCACCCCUGCGAUCCGGAGUUCCUCACAGCGCGUCAAUAACUCGGGCGUCUGCGAAGGCGCUACCAUGCGGUUCAACGUUCGUCGGGCCGACUGGGAAAAGUUCGAGGCAACCCUCGAUGAGGAGGCCCGUGAGAAACUCGCGGACCAUCCGCUGGAUUCCUCAGCGGAUGUUGAGAGAAGGGCAGAAGUACUGCGUGACGUACUCACCAACGCCUGCCGAAGGGAGAUGUUGACUUAA